UUUCUCUGAUAAUGAGGAAAUGCUUGAAAUGAACAGCUGUCAACCUGCGGUGUCCUGCUUCACCGUCGACUCCUAGCUUUCUCUUCAGCUAAGGUUUUUCUCUUCCUCUGUCUGGGUUUGGUUUGUAGACAGGCUUCCCUGGCUCUGUCUGCACUUACAUAAUUCUAUGUUAGAAUUCCCACCUUAACAAUACCGCAAGCUGUCUUGUUUCUUUUCAUGGAUCGUUGGAGUGGUGUUUUAAAGGCUCGAUUAGACCCAAAUAGUAGGAAUUACUACAGAGUUGCUGCAUCUCUCUGCUACUCAUCAACCUCCAAGUCCCUAAUUGUGCCUUGCGCGAAUGCCAUACUUUUCAAUGGAGAUAGAGUUGAAGGGACCAGGAACCCAGUGGUUGAGAGGCUAUCUGAUUUGCCAAAAAUAGCUGAAGUUUUAGUUUCUAAAUUUGGCGGCUCUAUCAAUGCUUGGGUUAUCGAGGCUUCCAUUUUCAAUGGGCCAUUUGCUGUUUACAAGGAUUUUAUCCCAUCUGUGAAUAGAUAUGGGGAGCCUAAAUCAUAUGCCCCUGUUGGCUUCCCAGCUUCUACAUCAACUGUCUCAAUCUUAUCAAAUUGCCUUGAACAGGCAAAAAAUGUAAUUUCAAGUGGACAGAGGGAACCCUGUUCCACCUGUACAUCUCCAUCACAACCCAAAGCUUUAAUCCUUGGGUUUAGCAAGGGUGGUACUGUAGUUAACCAACUCGUCACUGAACUUGGCUCCUUGGAAGACAAAUCCCUGGCAAAUCGUAGUUAUGUAAGAGAACAGCCUGUGGUUAAGGAAUUAUCUGGAGGCCAAGGAGAGGUUCAAAUAAUUCCUAGGACUAAGGAAAGCUUAUUAAACAGCAUCUCUGAGAUUCAUUAUGUGGAUGUGGGCUUAAACUCUUCUGGUGCAUACAUUACUGACCAAAACGUGAUUGGAAGAAUAUCAAAACGCCUUGCAGAUGGAGCCCCAGGGAUUCGUUUUUUGCUCCAUGGAACUCCCAGGCAAUGGUGUGACAGCAGACGAGAUUGGAUACAACAUGAAAAGGACAAACUGUAUCGUUUGCUUGAAUCUGAAACUCGAAAGAGUGGUGGGAAAUUAAAGGUGUGUGAGAGAUUUUAUUUUGCUGACAGGCUUCCUGAUAUGCAGAUGCAUUUUGAAGUUAUUGAAGAGAUGGAUAUUAGUUGAUUGAAUGAUCCCGAGCCAACCCCCCAGCCCUCCCAUGUAUGUAUUUUUCCUUAAAUGAAAAAGAUGUCUGACUUAAUUUUCUAAUUCAAAAGAAAAAGUUUUAUAUGUUACUUGCU